AUGCAUUUCUGUAUAACUGGAGGGUCGCGCGGACUGGGGGAAGCUCUUGCUGCGCACAUUCUUCUGAACAACCACGCCGUGACAGUGGUGGAUAAGGUAAAGCCUUCUAUGCACUGCGCGUUUAUCCAGCACGACUUUAAGGAGCGCUUCAAGCGCCGCAUUUACUGCGACGUCCUCAUACUGAACCACGCCACGUUCCACGGCUUCAAGUCCUUCCAAAGCAUUUCGCCCCUGCAGGCGCAGGAGUAUAUGCAAAUAAAUGUGCACUCGCAUCUGGACCUUCUCAAGACGUGCACGUACAAAAAGGUCGUGUACAUCAACAGCGUGCUGAGCAUAGCUGCGUUCCCCAACACUUCGAUGUACUGUGCAUGCAAAAGCUUUAUGCACGCGCUUCUAGAGUCUUUCCGGCGAGAGGGGUGCUCCGUUCUGGCGGUGUACCCGUACAAAAUCGACACUCCGCUGUUUCAGCGCGUAAGGUCCCCGUACACGCUGAAGAGGGGGUAUGUGGCAAAGCGCGUUUACGAGGCUGUUUUGCGCGGAGACACGCACCUGUACCUUCCCUGGGUGUUCAGGUACUCGUACGUCUAUGCGCUGCUACCCACAUUUCUGCAGGACUGGGUUGCCAGGAUUUUGUACUAUUGGAUGGUGCGGAAGUAG